CGUGAUAUGAAUUUUUACCGUAUUUAUUGAUUUGACAAUCAUUCAUUAACAAGGAUUUUAUGGUAUCUCAUCAAGGACAGCCCGGAUAAUUUUACAGAUCUUCUAGCGAAUUGCCCUUUUGAGCUUGUGGCAUAGCGCAAGAAGGUAGCAAGGAAAUUGCGGAAAUGCACAAGACACACAAUGAAUUGAGGACAUGAGCAGCAGUCAAUCGAGAACGGAGGAAUUGCCCGAGAGUCAGGGAGAACGAGAGUGGGAGGCUGAUGCAGAUGCCUUUGUUCAGCCAAGCGAUAUUCAUGCAGCCCCACCACCCUUUGUUGGGGUGGCAAUUAAGCGCACCCUGAAGCUUCCCACGGAUGACACGGUCCCCCCACCACGACCACCACCUCCCGCGGAUCCAUUUGAGGACAUCCCAUUGCCAGGCUUUGUCAUCUUUGGCGAUGACACGAAGACAAGUAACUUUUUCUGGGGCAAUCGGGGUACAAGGAAAAGUUUCCUCGUUGAAUUUACAUCGGAAGAGGAGUUUCAGGACUUUCUGGCCACUGCCAAGACACCCUCGGAGGAGCCUUCGCUGGUAAUGGGGACUGAUGAGGAGGAGGUGGAGGUGGCUAAGGAUAUUGAAACAGAGGAAAAGAAAUGUGAGAGUGAAGUGAUUAAUGAAUUAGGGGAUGAAUUGAAGAGUCCCACAUCAACGAGCUCGUACUUGGGUACACUCACGGAGGAGGAUGUGAGUGAAGGGGCGGUGGCGGAGGAUGUCAAUGGAGUUGAUGAGGAGGAUGAGGUAGACAUUGGUAGUGUGAAUGAGUUGUGGGAUUGUGCGAGGACGACAGAAAGUGGGCGAGAGUCAGACAAAGUCCCACAGGACACAUCCAUUGCGAUGGGCGAUGAAGCAAUAACUGAGACAUGGCUCCACUGCGCAGUUAGUGGAGCAUCUGAGGUGGCUCCAACUUCACAUGAUGACGAUGGUGACGGGAGCGCAUGUGCUGGGGAUGCUUCGUUGUUUGUUCGUGGUAGUCGUGGUGGCGAUUCAUCGAUCGAAAAGUGUGUAGUCGUUGCCGACGACGGCAUCCAGGACAUCAUUUUGGAGCAAGGUGAGUCUGGGGAGACACCAAUUGAGCCAUUUUUGCCAUCAAUUCCGAUUUCUUGUGACACCUUGAGCACCCAGCCAUCACCUAAGUCCAAUCCCAUAGUCCCUAACGUGCAGUGUUGUGUGCAAAAAGACACAGACAGUGCCACAUUUAGUGAUCAGUGCAUUCAAGUGCCAUCGCCACCCAGUCGCGAGGACAAUACCCAUCAUCACUGCUGUUCGUGUUCGGGGUCCCCGUGGCGGAGGCACCAAGUGAAAAUUCACUGUUGCCACCCGCAAGAAGAAUCCAAGGUACAGUCUAGUGCGAGUGAUAGUGGAAUAAAUGUGCAGGAACUAAACUGCACAGAUCAGGGCGGUGUGAAUGUUGAAGUGACUUUCAAAGCGCACAUAAGUGUUGAACUGUCUGAAGAGUCCUCGAGGCAAACACCAUUGAUUGGUGUUGAGGAGGACAAACAGGAAAUCAUUUGUUUGCCAGUCAAAAGUGAAAUUACUUCUGGUGACGUAAAUGGGAAUCAAGAGCAAAAUUUAUUGGGCAAGAGUGAAAAGUGUGAUUCACCUCGACCUGUGCAAAAGCUCCAAGUAUAUGGUACUCUAGGUUCACCAUCCUUUGCAGACAAUUUCGAAGCAAGUGUGAGGCUUAAGCGUUUGGAGGAGCGUCUCAAGCAAUUUUCCUACACGAAAAAACUCUUGCGAAACCCAACCCAAGAUUCACCACCAGCUGACGGGGAUUUUGCAUCAAUCCUUAGGACAUUGGGUGGCGAGAGUGAGGUGAAUUUUGAUGAUUCUUGUUUACAUCCCACCGAGGAAUCAACCGUAGAAUCGCCUGCAACUCGCGAAAGUUCGGACCCCAUCGAUCCAGUGGGUGAAGAACGGAAGGAACAUCAGAUUGAAUCAUGCCAGAGUCAAAGUUCACAUGAGAACACCACCAAUGGAGUUGGGGAAAAGGGCGUGAUAGAAGGGAGUCAAUUAGUGAAACUUCUCUCAUCAGUUAAGAAGAUCGUUGCAUCUGACAAAAGUGCCGUGAAAGAGGUCUGGAGUGAAUCUGGGAAAAUCAAUAGAGACACCACUGAGGUCAAAAAUCAGGUGUUAGUCCCACAGACAGAAUCUCGUGACGGUGCAGUGAACAAUGUGCUAUCAGGUGCUAGUGGUAAAGGUGAUGAUGUGCAGUGUAGUGUAAAAGCGGACGAAAAUAGUAAUUUUCUCAGAGAUCCACUACGAAAACAUCUUCUAAGUCCUGACUCCAGUUCCAUUGAUUCAGCUGAAGAAUUGUGCAAACUCUUUCCCGAAGAAUCAAGGUCACCACCUCCACCACCCAUCCAUCCCAAGCGCGUGCACUUCUACCCAACCUAUCGACCCUUUCGUAUAUCUACAUCACCACCACCUCCACCGCCCCCGCCUAAGACAUCAGCCUUUCGAAAUUGCGAAUUUGACGCCCACAAGUGGCCACAGUAUGCCUCAGAGGGUGUCACGUAUCCAGAUGCUGAUGUACUCCUCGAAUGCUACGAUGAGCUCGAGUGCGAUGUGAGUGAGGAUAGUGAUGACAAUACGUGUGAGUGCUCACUAGAAGCCGUACCCCUGUACCGUCAUCCACAUCAUCCAGAUUUGGUCAUAAUGCGCGAGAGUGCCGGACCACUGAGGGGUCUCCUCAAGAAACCCAAUCGACCACCCCAACAGCGCAAAAAUCGCGUGGUCUUCGAUGAGACACGCAAUGAAUUCUUCGAAGCUGACUACAUCAUUCUCAUCCGUGAGGAUUGUGCCUACGAUGAGGAGGAUGAGGAACCCUGCACCUGUGGUGAACAUGAACUCGUUCGCCUUUGCUGCGAAGAGGGAUGCCAAUGUCCCGGAUACACGGACGACUGCCGCACGCCUCAGAGUCCCAAGUAUGCUCCACCCAUGGAAUUUGUGGAUCAAGCUACCCUCAGUCCGCCUGAGGGUUACAAAGACGGCGGUGGCGGAGCCCUUACUAAUGCCCUUGGUGGUGCUCUGGGUGGUCAUGUAUUUGGUGCCCAGCACAUCCAGCAGUUGCAGGUGAUCCAGAAGCUCCAGCAGCAGCGGGCUGCAAUGCUGGCUGCCCGUGGUCAGACAACUACGCCCCAGCAAGGUGAUGCAUCCAUACAGCAACCGGUGUGUAUGGAAUGUGCUGAAUGUGCUGAGUGUGCCGCCAAACAGAUGCAAGAAGAAUGCGAGUCACCUUGUUCUGACGAAACUGGAACACUUGAAAUGCCACAUGUGGCAAUUGUUCCUAUUAAGACAACCUCUCCUGAAAGGCGAGUGACUCAAAAGGAGAUUAUUGCUGGAGAGGAAAGACCCAAGUACUUGGCUAUCAAACAACAAUUAGAAGCAACGGCUCAAGGAUCUCACGGCAGUGUAGGAGGCAUCCCAACGACAGGGAUUCAUCAAGCAGCAACAGCAGCAGCUGCAGCAGCAGGGGUGACAGGAAAUGCAGCUGAUCCUGGUGAUAGAUUGAAUGACGCCACAUCUAUUUCGGGCAUACUCAAGGGUGGAAAACUUUGGAAGAGCGAACAGACACAGUGUGACGAUGCAACGAAUAUCACAUCAGAUGAGGAAGGGAAUGUAAAGCGUUCCGUACGAUUUACGGAGAAUAUCAAGGAUACGGAGAGGGAGGUAUGCGAUGGUGAGGUGCAGUCGGGUGAAAAUGCCGAAGAGGAUCAGCGACCGGCAGAGAUAAUGUUGCUUAAAAAACAAUCUAGCCUCUUUCAUAAUGCACUUCGUCCCAAUUCGGCAUUGCGCCAGCUUUUCCCAGCCGUCUCGACGGCAUCCACCGCCGCUCCACCGCUCACUCAUGAAGCCCUCCGGGCAUUCGAUGAGUCAAAGAGGGGUCCUACGCUCUCUACAAUUGGAGGAGGAGGUUUGGGUGUCAGCAGUGACUCCGAGACAGAUACCAUUCGACGAACAAUUGAGCGCAAUGCACUGAGGCGCUCACUCAUUAAGUAUGAACCAAAGAAGAAGCCCGUUCGGCCAGACACAUCGCUCGAGGAGAGAAUCAGACAGCUCACCUGUGAUAUCGACGACCCGCCAACUGAGGGAAAUGCUAAAGAUCCAAGGAAUGACCUCGAGCGCCGAGAUAGUCCGGCCGGUGAGGAGAACCCACAGCAAUCUAAAUAUGUUCCGGAUAAGAGUUUUUCACCCAGUUCCUCAGCCAGUAGCUCCUCCAGUGGCUCUACAUCGGCCUACCGCAAAAUCACGGACAUCUUUCAUAGGGAUAGGCGCCAGGAGCGCAUCCCGGAGGCAGAUGAAAAUCCCAUUGUGAUUAUUCCUCAGGAUUGCCGAUGUCCUGCUGCUCCGGAUUUGGGAAUGGGUGUACAGAUGCCACAAACACAUACGCAAAUUCAUCAAACUCCACCACGUCAGAACGAAUCCAGACGUCAAUUCCUGUCAACAUUGGCUCCUCUGACAGCCUGUGUGGCUGGUCAGAGAGAUGAUUUCUCCUACUAUACCCUCAGUGCUGGUGAUCGUGCUUCUACAGCCAGUUCCCAAUGCUCAGAAUACAGUUUGGGUGACAUCGAAGCCGUUCUGCAUGAUGAUGAGGUGAAGCAAGUUGCACCAGAUGUAAUUGCUGGAACUCCUGGUCAGGAAUCUGAUGAAUUAGCGGCAUUUGCACAGCAAGAAGCCUCGCGUACAGAUCGAAUCAAAAAGCGGUACAGUGGCACUGAGACCACCACGACAAAUACUCAUUCGGCUGUUGCAUCGGACGAUGAUGAUGAACAGAAUGAUUAUGGAUUCAACAAGAGACCAUCAGUUAGGGGCAUAAAACCCAAAUUUGGCACAACUAAUGAAAUUUUACAGCAAAUGCAAGCUCAAUUGGCACAACCUGGUCCUAUUCAGACAACUCAAGUCGUUCAGCAGACGCAUACAACUAUCCAACAACCUCCACCUCCGCACAUGAUCCAGAAAAUGCAUCCGGCUAAUGCCAUCAUCCAUACUGUGACAUCACAGCAACAACAACUGACUACAACUACUGGAUCAAAUACCCAAUGGCCCUACUUCACUUCUUCAGAAUCCCAGCAGGCUCCACAGCAGCAGCAGCUGCAGAGGAGCCAGAGCACAGGAGGAUCAUCCACAGAAGUUGUUCCUACGAACAGCAACUACUUCAAUCACCUUCCUGCUGUUCAUGGACGACACAGCUUCCAUGGACAUCAGGAAGCUACAAUCUAUCAAAAUUGCCAUAGUGUUGUGGAGCAGCAGCAAUACGGGCGCUUCGCCAGAAGUCCCACACGUCGCCCAGAAUCUCCACCGCCAUUGAGGAAUUACCAUCAAACAAUGGUGCUUAUACCCUACAACAAUACCGAAUCCUUUGCCAGAUACGCAACGAGUAAUGAACAAAUUCCUGGGCAACAAUUCAGGCGUCUCGAAUAUCAACAGGUGACGCAGCAGACAAUUCGCGUUCCCAUGGGAUACCCACUCCCGGGGAUGCAGUUGCAUGUGGUGGCAGGACGAGGUGGUGCUGCCCACGCUAACUAUGCUGCCUUCCCACGCCCACGACGUCCGGGAAAUUACGCUUAUGUGACGCCAGGGGCCCAGGAGAAGGAUACCACAGGCGGUGCCGUGAAGUACAUCGAGCGCGGUGCUCCCGAGGGGGCGGCAAGCGUGCCACCCGGUGACGUGAGUGCCGGCAAUGGUGCACUCAUGUCACCGGUCUCGGGGGCGCCACACACAACCUCCACGGGUGCAGCGCAAACAACAACGUCAGGAGUCACCACCACGUCAGCCGCUGCGACGGGUGCCGUCUUCUAUGCCAUGAACGUUUGACCCGGGGAUUAGGUUAGUGUUAGGAUAAGUGUCGAGACCACACGUGUGGCCACAAGCGAAUGGGAAUUGCAACCGGCCAGUGGCUGCGACUGACGUUGCAGACACUGUGAACUGGGCGAUUUCGCACAAAUUACCAUGUCAUUGGUCUUUUUUUUCCCACUUCACACCUACAAAGUGGUCCAGCCUAGGUGCUUCAAAUUACAAAUCUCUCAUUUCAAUUCCUUUACCAAAUUUUUCUGUUUAUUUUCUUUCAAUAAUUCUUGAAAAUGAUAAUUGUGUAAAAUUUUAUUUUUGAAGCACUUAGAUUAAGCCAUUCGGUGUAUCUUUUAUUCAUCACAUCGCUUAUCAAUGAAAGCACCACUUUGACAAAUUUUAAAAUAUGCGAACGGAUAUUCUGCUUUGAGUGCUCUAAAAUGAGGGUGAUUUUUUUCAUUCAAUGGAAACAGAAAUGUUUGGGGUUGCUUGUUUUGCGAUGAGCCAAUAAUGAUAAAUUGAAUGAUUCAUUGAUGAACCCCAUACUCUUUCUAAAUUAUGAAUGCCGCUUUUAUUUCAAAAUGGAAAUUUUUCCUCUCAUAAAUCAGUAUACUUUCCAGCAUGUGAAUUGAACUGUUUUAAAUUGAAGCACUUUUAAUUGCUCGAACUCUUAGGAAGAAAUUACAUUUGAUUUUGAAGAUAGCUUUUUACUUAAGAUGUAGGUCUCCCAUUUUCUAAUCAUUUUGGCAUAAUUUUGCAAAUAUUUCCGAGAAAGAAAAUCCAUGCGGGUGUUUGUUGACCUAAAUCCAAGAAAAAAAUCAUUUUCAUCUAAUGAAUUUGAAAGAUUUUUUUUUACUAUUUCUACCAUAGGAAAACAUACUUUAUAGAAUAUCUCAGAAACAUACUUUAUGGAAUAUCUCAAAAACUAUUUCUAGUUCCUGUUUCUUCAUUUAUAGAUAUUCUUUGGAGACAGUCCAAAUUUAAGAAAGGUUUGCGAGGCAGUUUCAUAAAAAAGUUAGAUUAAACUUUGCAAAUAUUAAACAGAAUCAAAGAUUUAUGUCCUUUAUUCUGUGAGUCACAAUUGGGUAUAGACGCAAAGAAAUCUGAAUUUCAUGAAUCUUUUAUGAGAAAGACAAUUUGUCUUUAAAGUCAGAGUGAAAAGUUCCCCGUGUAGGGCAAUUUCGCGUAAAGAUAAGACAGUUAUAUUAAUAUCGAACAAUUAAUAUCGAAAAUUAAUGUUUAUUUAAACAAUAUAAUGGGUUAAAUAUAUUAUUUUAUGAGGCCUCAAUUUGACCUUUAAAGACAAAAAUAUCAUACAGCAAAGUUUUAUUACACAAUUUUAGUAUGGGAGGGUAAGGUAGUCCAUAUUAGCAUAAUUUUUAUACGUUCUCUUUAUAUGACCAUGAACUACAUUCGAUCUAAAAUUAUAACAUGUCUGUUUUAUCUAUGAAUUGACUAUCUAAAAAUAUUAAUUAAUAAUAGUCUAGUCUCUAAUAUUUACUGUGGUUUUACGGGUUUUACUAAUACUUUACUGAAAAUUUAAUGUUUUGUUUUUGUACGCAAUUUUUUGCUCGGUUUUACUAAUUUUAUUCUCAAAUGAAAUCUAUUUAAAACGUGAAUUUCUUUUGUUUUUCGUAAGAGAUUUACACUAAAUUAUCAUAGAAUUAUCAACAAUUGAUGAUAAGCCAACUAAUAUUUAAUAUAAAUAUGAAAAUUUCUUAGGAUAACUAAAAGAAAAUUCACAAUAUUCGAAGGCAUAAACGUUCGAAGGGAGAGUACUUUGCCCUACGUUUUUCAGAACGUUUUUUUUUCACAACAUAGGAUUUUCAAGAUUUAUCAUCUUGAAAAUCAUAUAGGUAUAAUUAUUUUAAAUUAUUCUAAAAAAUAAUUUUUACAAACACAAUGUCAUUUUGUAGAUUAUCAAAAAAUAUCAAGAAUAACUUUUUUUUAAUUUCCCUUUUUUCCUUCACCAAUAAAAAAAACUUCCGUUUGUAUGAAAAUACUUUAAAGAAAUUAAUUCAAACGACUAUUCGACACUUUUUAUGAAAAUAGCAUCUUUAUGAGCUUUCCAAAUAAAAGGUAUGAGCUCUCUUUUCUUUCAACGAUAAUUACUAAAACUUUCACACAAUGAAGUGUCCCUCACAUAAAUAAAGUUUACUAGAAAAUUAUUUCAAUUAUUUAAAUAAUAAAAUAGCAAUGGUUCAGAAAUUAUUGCAAGACAGACUUUAUAGAAAGUUUUCUUUAAAAAUAUUUAAUUAAUAAAAUGUUUAAGUCAAAACAAAAAAGAAGAAAA